UUUCACCCUAGCACCCGUAUCGGUCGGUUUAGUCUAUCGCUCACUGAUGACGCCCGUAAGAAGGAGCACCAGCAGCUGAUAGAGAAGCAAAGAGGAAGUUUCUCACAUUUUGUUCUAUCAUCCGGUCUCAGCUUCUCCUACUCGUACGUACCUACGUUUUAUAAUCCGGCAGUGCAACGUAGAAUUAUUACUGUAAUGUGUCUACACCACUAAUGUGACGUGUCUUCGGAUGUCAACUGUACAGACUAUGAAGAAAAAUUGUUCCUUUAAUCGGGUGGUUAAACUCAUGCACAGAUAAUUGUUCCUCUAUACAGGUACACCGAGUGCGAAAGAUUUUGAACCUGGCUUGUUUAUUGCUAAUCUAUUUGUAGCGUGAAAGAAGGUGCCUGCGUAACAUCUAGCCGUGAAUGCUUCACUCACAAAUUUCACACGUCGAAUACUAGUGAUGUGAGUUUGGUAUUUGUCUGAGACUGUAAAGAAGAUAACAGUGCAGUGUGACUUCAUUGUGGAAAAAAAUAUUCAACGAAAAGUGUUCAGCAUGCUUUAAUUGUGUCUCUUAUCUCGUAUUUCAGUAGAUAUCAGCAAAAGCCAAUGUGAAACCCGCGGUAAGACGGACGCCGAUCACUCGAGUUUGCAAUCCGUCUGUACUAGUGAUACAAAACUUACUGGUAAAAGUGUGAAAAUAAAAAAUAAAUAAAAGCGUUGUUUGAAGUGAACGCAGGUGAGAACAUCAUGCCAAAGUUUUACAAGGUCGAGAUCAAUAAAACGGAAUGGGAAGUGCCAGAGAAAUACCAGAUGCUUACCCCGGUAGGCAGCGGAGCAUACGGGCAAGUUUGCUCCGCCACUGAUACCCAACAUAACGCUAAGGUGGCCAUCAAGAAACUGGCGCGCCCAUUCCAGUCGGCAGUUCAUGCUAAGCGAACCUAUCGCGAACUCCGUAUGUUGAAGCACAUGAACCACGAGAACAUAAUUGGCUUACUGGAUGUUUUUCAUCCCGGCGGGAAUACGCUGGAUUCGUUCCAGCAAGUCUACCUGGUCACCCACUUGAUGGGGGCGGAUCUUAACAACAUCAUUCGAACGCAGCGCCUAUCCGAUGAUCAUGUACAGUUUCUGGUUUACCAGAUUUUACGUGGCCUUAAAUAUAUUCACAGUGCUGGUAUUAUACACAGGGAUUUGAAGCCGUCCAACAUAGCAGUGAACGAGGAUUGCGAGCUGAAAAUUCUAGACUUUGGGCUCGCACGACCAACAGAAAACGAGAUGACCGGUUAUGUCGCCACCCGAUGGUACCGGGCGCCGGAGAUUAUGCUGAACUGGAUGCACUACAACCAGACGGUCGAUAUCUGGUCCGUGGGCUGCAUAAUGGCGGAGCUCUUGACCGGCCGAACGCUUUUCCCUGGCACAGACCAUAUUGAUCACCUCACACGCAUCAUGUUCUUUUGCGGCACACCUGACGAGGAGUUAAUGCAAAAGAUUACUAGCGAUGAGGCUAGACACUACAUCCGAUCACUUGCGAAGACAGAGAAGCGUAACUUUAGUGAUGUGUUCCGAGGGGCAAAUCCUUUGGCAAUAGAUUUGCUGGAAAAAAUGCUGGAGCUGGAUGCCGACAAGCGAGUAACCGCAGAACAGGCCCUAGCUCAUCCUUAUCUGGAGAAGUACGCCGAUCCUACAGAUGAGCCCAGUUCCACCCUGUACGAUCAAAGCUUCGAGGAUAUGGACCUACCGGUGGAAAAAUGGAAGGAACUUGUUUUCCAGGAGGUGAUCAAUUUCGUACCCCAGCAGCACGCGCACAUCGGAACUGAGACACAAUAAUUUUAUGUGGCAGUUACAACUCUACAAAGUAGACAUAGCCAUCUUGGAAGCAUGUGUAGCUUUUAAGCGAACCUACCAUCGAAACUAAACCUGCAGCGUAAAAAAGGCACCCCCGAAGAUAUCCUUCAAGAUAAAGAGUAUUGAGUAAAUUGCAUCCUUAACUAUAUAAAACAAAAACAAGUAUCUUGUCGAAACAGUGCAGUGAAGAUACGGAGGAAUUUCUACUCGCAUGGAAAAUACCUUUUUUUUAUUUAUGUUGUAAGUUGGGAUAAUUGCUGUAAUCGCCACGAGGCGACUUUUGUGAAUUAUAAAAUACAGAAGGGCGAAUUUUGGUUGUUUAGUGUAAUGUUUCACUUUAAAAUAUAUACAUAUUACAUACAACA